UAUUGUUAGGGAAAUAUUUCUAGUAGAGACAGUAGCGAGUAAUAACUCUUUGGUCAGCGAAAUUUAUCGCCUUUUGGGUUGUGUGUGAUUGAUGUUUAGAGAAUAUUCUUUGAUGAUUUGUGUGUACAGCUAUGACUGAGCCUGUCUAUCCGCGGAGAGGAAUUUCCUUCCAAUGCGGCUUGGCAAGGGAAACGUAUGGAUUUGAAGGAAAGGAUAUGUCGGCGUUAAGAGAACUGGCACAUUCGUUCCUCGAUCAAAAGUUCCCAGACCACUCUUGCAUUGGCAUAGCAGACAAAGUGAUCAUGUUUAUACAUAACUAUUCCACAACUAACAUAUUGGAGAAGUUAACCAGCGUGGACCAGUUGCAUGAAGGCUCUGUUAUUGAAGUUGUUGUUUCAGCUAAAGUCCCAGCAGAUGAGACCAUUAUUCGUCCUCACAUGCUGAUUGUUCAUUCAUACAGAUCUCCAACAUUUUGUGACUUUUGUGGUGAAAUGUUGUUUGGCCUUGUAAGACAAGGAAUCAAAUGUGAAGGAUGUGGUGGUAACUAUCACAAAAAAUGUGCAUUCAAGAUACCAAAUAAUUGUUCAGAUUCAAGACAUCGCAACAGUGCUUCUGGAUUAAACAUGGCUCUGCAUUCACAUACUCUUCCGAGGCCAGCUUCUCAGGUCAGUGGCCCAAAUGAUUCAGCAUUCUUGAUCCAGCACUCCAAUUCCUUUUCCGAGAGCCUUCCUUCAUCAAGAGACAGAAGGGCAACUUGGAGUGGUCGUCCAAUCUGGAUUGACAGAAUGCUGUCUGGUAGAAUCCAAUUACAAAUACCUCACUCAUUCGUGGUUCAUUCCUAUAAAAAGCCUACAGUGUGCCACUUUUGCAAAAAACUGUUAAAGGGCCUAUUCCGUCAAGGGUUACAGUGUAAAGAUUGUAAAUAUAACUGCCAUCGAAAGUGUGAGAAGUUUGUUGGCAAGACUUGUUUGGGUGAGGGGGCAAUGGUAGAAACAGGGUCUCUUGGCUCUUCUGACUCAGGUGCCAUUUCUGAAAGUUUGUCAGAAAUGGAUCUUUCAAAUGACAUUCCAAAUGAACAAGAGUUAAGUGAGAAUGAAAGAGAAAUUGAAUUAGCAAGUCGCAGCAGCCAAGAGGACUUUGAACCAACUAGUCCCUCAUCACCAGACAGUGAGUUGCCUCAGCUGACUCCUACAAUGAGCAACAACAUUCCACUCCAACGGAUUGUUGUAUCUGUGAAGCAUACCAAAAGAAAAGGAUCAAAAGUGUUGAAGCAGGGAUGGAUGGUGCAUUUUACUAGCAAGGAUACUCAGAGGAAAAGACACUACUGGAGACUAGACACAAAGUGUUUGACACUAUUCCAAGAUUCAACUAGCAGUAGAUAUUACAAGGAUAUUCAACUGUCUGAAAUACUGUCAGUUGAUUCUAAUAUUGACCCUCUGGCGACAGACGCCACUCGAGCCCCGCACUGUUUUGAAAUGAAGACAAGGGACAUGGUGUACUACGUGGGGCAAGUUGAAGACGAAAACGAGACCCCAGACCCUGACAGUGGAGUAGGAGCAGUGGCGGGGCAGGCCUGGGCUAGUGUCACGCGCUCUGCUCUUAUGCCAGGUUGUGUGACACCGACCACGAGUGUUUGCCCCUCAAGCAACAACGGUGUUAGUAAUUCUGACGUAGAGAUGGAAGUUACAGACGAAGAGGAGAAAGUGAAAGAUGCUCCAUUGGACAUUAGUCAACUGUACCAAGUAUUCCCUGACGAAAUUCUCGGAUCAGGACAGUUUGGAAUUGUCUAUGGAGGGGUUCAUCGUGAAAGUGGACGAGAUGUAGCUAUUAAAGUCAUUGACAAACAACGCUUUCCUACAAAACAAGAAGCGCAAUUGAAAAAUGAAGUAGGAAUUCUUCAGCAUGUCAACCACCCAGGUGUAGUGAAUUUAGAAGAGAUGUUUGAAACUCCUGAAAGGGUGUUCGUAGUCAUGGAAAAAAUGCGAGGCGACAUGUUGGAACUUAUUCUGUCGAGUGCCAAGGGAAGAUUGGACGAGAGAUGCACGAAAUUCCUCAUAACACAGAUUUUAGUGGCUCUGAGAGAUCUACACAGCCGAAAUAUUGUUCAUUGUGACUUAAAACCAGAGAAUGUGUUGUUAUCGUCAGUAUCAUCCGAAUGUGGUUUCCCACAGAUCAAACUGUGCGACUUCGGUUUUGCUCGGAUAAUCGAAGAGAAAUCGUUCCGUCGAUCGGUUGUCGGGACUCCAGCCUACCUCGCCCCUGAGGUCCUACUCAAUAAAGGAUACAACAGAUCUCUCGAUAUGUGGUCGGUCGGUGUCGUCGUUUAUGUAAGUUUAAGCGGCACUUUCCCGUUCAAUGAAGAAGAGGAUAUUCAAGAUCAAAUUCACAACGCUGCUUUUAUGUAUCCACCCGAUCCAUGGCAGGAGAUUUCGCCUGAAGCAAUUGAUCUGAUAAACAAUCUCUUACAAGUCAAACAGAGAUGUCGUUACACUUGUGAUAAGUCGCUUAUACAUUCGUGGCUCCAGGACUAUCAAACCUGGUUGGACCUAAGGAGUCUGGAAGCGGCUGUCGGAGAACGCUACCUUACUCACGAAAGUGAUGACGCAAGAUGGGAGGCGUACGCUGAGCAGCUAAAAGCGCGCCAAAACAGGGAACCCUCGCGGGAGUCAGCGCGGCCGACCAAUAACAGAUUUUUCCCACCAAUGUCACCAACGGAACGCAAACUUCAAACAAGUAUAAGUUUCCUGUGAAAAAAGCCAUGGUUACAUUUUAAGAUAAUUAUAAGAUACGUGUCAUUAAUUAAUAUUUUAUUUGUCAGUAAAAAAAAGGCUUCUGACAUGUUGCUAUUCGUUAAAAAGACUAUCCCCACGUUUGAAACUCUUCAAAGUUUUUCGAUCAUUGUCCAGCGAAACACAGCGGUCAAACGUCUGUGCUUGUGCGAAAGUUGUUGGGUGGCGUGCCUUAGGGCUAUCAGGACUAAGUUGUUUCACUCGAGUUAAAAGUAAUUACACAAGCUAGUUCGUCACGGUAUUAAAAAAGUCUGCAACUUUUUUCGGUAAAGCUCAAAACAAAAUAUUAAAUCAACAGGAUACCCGUACAUGAAUAAGCUUUGUGUAAGUGUCCUUUUUCCUACUGUUGUUUCCUUUUUUAGAUUUCUAUGAACGUCUCAAUUUUCCUUCGCUUCUUUUGCGGAACAAUGUUUAAUAAUUUUUCGAUAGAAAUUUCGCGAAAAAUUAGGGCGCGGACGUCCAGAAUUGAUCCCCUCGCGCAUGCCCUACGCUUACCCGCUGUGUUGACUUGCAAUGACUAAUUUUGGGAGUGCAAACGUCCGGGAGGGGUGGGUGGGAUACGAAUCGUCAUAUUUUGCCAAAAUUUCACUAAAAAAAUUCCAAUGUUGCAAUUAUAAUGACUAGUAAAUAACAGGCAGAAUUCAAUGCACACGUUUGCUUAUAUAUUGUAUUUUAUCAAUAAUGAUCAACAUUCCACGUCGAAAGUUAUUUGUAAGUUGUUUGUCCUAAAUUUUAGUACAAGGAUUGUAUUGUCAAUGAAAGGAUGGUUCAUGCAAAGCUGCUACAAGGAUCUGAAACGUAGUUACCGUUUAUAGUAUUUAAGUAAGACUAUUUCAAUAAUUUCACUUUUGUAUUUUGGUGUUAAAAAGUGGCCUGUUUGCACAUGUGCGAUCUCGCUUCUAGUGCCUUCGUUAUCCAUGUCCAGCGGAUUGACUGGUGAAUUAAACAGAGCAGUUUUCAAUUGAAUGUUGUAAACCAAAAUCAAAGUAAUCACAACUACCAAUCACAGCAAGGGUUAACAUCAUUAACCAAUCAGAACUCAGCAAAGACAGGCAACCAGCUUGAGGCGCGGGAACGCGAGUGACUAAGUUGAGGUUGCUUCUAGUUUGUAUUUAUUGGUUGAGAAGCUGGCGCGAGUUGUCUUUGACCAAUCACAGAGCGAAGGCCAAACCCAAAACAAUUCUUCAUUACUUUCGGCACUCAAUUGAAAAUUUCUCUAAAACACAGAACAGGAUAAGCGAGCUCGACGACAGAAUCUUGCGUCCGAGCAGCUGACCAAAUGGAUCGCGGUACUCAAAACGAGAUUGGCAUAGCUCUGAAACUGAGUCUUUGCCGCGCACGUAGUUGACUGAGUGUAAUGUUUGAUCCAAAAACUCCAGACACAUGAUGCAGCCCUACAGAUAUCUGUCCGGUGGCUCUUGUUGGCUAAUGCAAUAAUUAAUCAAGUCCACCUGGAACUUAGGAGCCACAUCAUCAGGUUGGAAUUCAUGAGGUUGAACCUUGUUUCCAAACAGUAAAGUAUUCUGCGCCAUAAGAUAUGCACCUUUAAGCUUAUUUUCAGUAAGAUAACUAAAGCUGUAAAGUUCUGAUGGGCCUUUACAAAACCGCGAGGGAUUAAUAGACAAAGGUAACUUUAACACAAAACAGAAGGCAAUGUACAGUGUAGACCGUAAAAUUAAAACGUGCGAAAGCUGAAGAAAUUUUUUUAGAGGAACGUACCAUUGCAAAAUAAACUAGUUUUCACUCAA